GUGCUCAGGCGUGGAAAUUUCAAUUUUUGUUUUAGAGCCUGAGUGAAAACCGUUGGACGGUCCGGUACGGUAUGGUUAGCCUGUAACCCAAAAACGAGGACCAACCAUUGAUUGAUUGAUUGACACACCAAACAACAAAAUCCGCAACAGGCCAACUCCGUAGUUGGCGAAAUCACAACCCAUGGCAAGCAUGCCACCCACUGAAUAUUCUCUAUUCUCUAUUCUCUAGCACUAGCUAGUAACCCGCUUUAAAAAUUGUGCAGUCAUCAUGGAUGAGUCGACCGAGAUAACCAAGGAUACCUCAGAGCAGUUGGCAGCAGGUUCUAACAAUUCUGGUAGCAAGGACCAUGAGCACUGUUGCCACAGAAGAGACGACCUGGCAGCACUCAACAUUCUGAAGCACCCCGUUUGGAUCUUUGAUGUCGAACGCAAAUGCAUGUUUUGGGCCAACAAGGCAGCUCUGGAAAUCUGGAAGGCAGACUCGUUGACCGAGUUGUUGGAGCGAGAUUUUGCUUCCGAUAUGAGCGAGGAAACGAAUACUCGCAUGUUGGAUCACCUGGAGCAAAUGAAACGAGGCAAAGUCAUGACAGAGCAAUGGACGUAUUAUCCCAAGGGGGGGCGUCCUAAAACGCUGCAAGUAAGUGGCUCUGUCAUUUGGAUACAGCAUAAUAAUGACAUCGACAACGACAGCCGGGGACGAGCUGCUGUCCUUGCCGAAGCGGAAUUGCCGGAUCAUGCUGGCUUUCAUGAUUCCACGGCACGGGAAGUGGAACUACUUCGGCAUGUACCGAUGGCGGUAUGUCAAUUCAAAAUGAAUGGGGAUAGCAUCUUUCGGAAUCCAGAAGAUCUGAGGGUAUUUGGAGUGGACAAAGGACACGAUGACGACGAUGACAAUAAUGAGAAGAAAAGCAAAACGGGGCUGUUGGAUCGCUUCGUGGAUCCUUCUGUGGCGACAACCAUGCUCGAAAAACUUCAGGAUGGAAAAGAUUAUCGAGUCGCAGCGAAGCACUACGUUGCCGACGACGGACCACCACUUUGGUUUGCCAUUUCUUGCCGAAAAUCCAAGGAUCCCGUUACGUCGGACGAUUCUAUCCUUUACAGUGCCCGGGAUAUCACGGAGGUGAUGAAAGCAAGAGAGGAUACCAAGAAAGCCAACCUCAAAUCAGAAUUCAUGUCGGUGAUUGCCCACGAGAUUCGGACUCCGUUGCAUCAAAUUGUGGGCUACACAGAUCUUUUGGAGCUCACAAACCUGGCCGAAAAGCAAGUAGAAGCUGUACGAAUGAUUCAACGUUCACUCGACAACCUCAUGUCAAUUCUCAAUGACCUACUGGAUUACAACAAAUACGAAUGUGGGCACACCGAACUGGAAAAGAUUCACUUCAGCUUGAGAGGAUUGCUGCGGGGAUGUGUUACUUCCAUCCAAACCGAGGCGGUCGCCAAGGGAAUUGACCUGCGACUUGACCUCGUUGAAAACUUGCCGUUCAAGGUCAUUGGAGAUCCCAACAAACUGCGUCAAAUCCUUUUGAAUCUCUUGCAGAAUGCGGUCAAGUUUACCGACCAGGGUCAUGUCAUCCUGUCGGCCAGCACACGGAGCAGUAUCAACACACCCGACAAUCAUCAUCAAGUGAUUCGGUUUGAAGUCACCGAUACGGGGAUUGGGAUCCCACGAACGCAUCAAACGAUGAUUUUUGAAAAGUAUGCCAAGGUGAACCUCAAUAAUGCCAUCAACUACAAUGGAACUGGACUGGGAUUGGCCAUAUGUGCAAGUUUGGCCCAAGCCAUGGGCGGUAAAAUUGGCGUGGACAGUGAAAUGGGCAAGGGGAGCACGUUUUACAUGGAAAUUCCACUAGAGCUUUCGACGACGGAGGAAGCAUCCGCCGUUAAGAAAGAUCAAAUGGCGGCCGAAGAGCUGAGCCCGGACGAGUCCCUGCGUGUGUUAGUUGUGGAAGACAACAAGGUCAAUCAGAAGCUCGUGGUAAGGAUGCUAGGGAAGCUAGGGCACAGUUCUGUUGUGGCUGAAAACGGCCAGGUGGCUCUGGAUAAGUUGCAAUCGGCGCAGGCAGAUCUUGUGCUAAUGGAUAUCCAGAUGCCCGUUAUGGACGGCCUGGAAGCAACCCGAGAGAUACGAAAGACUCGGACGAAAUUUGCUCUCCCCAUUGUCGGGCUGUCGGCAAGCUUUCAGAAUGCCGACUUGGAGACCUACCUUGACAUAGGAAUGAAUCAAUGCCUUAGCAAACCUGUACGAUUGGAAACUUUGAAACGCACGAUCGACAAGACCAUCGCCAACUGUCGGAUGGGGCGUGGGUCUGUGUAACAUUGGUUGCUACCUCCGUAAUAAAGUGAUUCCUGCAACAUGUGCGUUUUACAAUGAACAGGGAAAUCUAAUCUUUGCUACCCUUGCAUCCGAGAAGUCGACACACAUUCGUGUUGUGAGGUGAUUGAUUGUUUGCCGUGGGCCUUGAGGGUAAGAACCGCGGUCACAGUGCGUAAUGAUCAUUCUAGCUCAACAGCUCUAGAAACGCACAGUGCAGCUCGAGUGACAAGUCUCGAGAAUCAUCGCAGUUCGGCAAGGUGAACAGAGAGCAGAAUUACGGUACGAAUGAUUCGAUUCAAUCGACAGGACAACGUCGGCACGACGCGAAGAGUGACGAAGGGGCUAAAGGAAUCACAAUCAAAUCAUUCCAACCAUCAUCGGAAAGGUAGCUACACUGAGAGUAGACGACUAGCUAGCACGAGCCUGAGAAGCUCGGGGAAAGACAAAGUUCUUUGUUUAACGUUUCUCUUUACUAUCUCUUAGCUACGUUUUAUGCUUUUCCACGAUUCUUGCAGCUUCAUCUGCGGACAUCAUAUCUUCACAAGCUUUCCUUGUUAUAUUGUGCUGCUGUUCGCUGUCAUCUAGUGCUUUCAGUAGUAGAGGUGACCUUUCCCAGCAUCUUGAGACGGUUGCUGUCCAUCACGGCAAUGCGGCCCAUUGCUGCAACUUUGUCAAAGGGUUCCAAAAACAAGGGUGCCUUAGGGACAAACUCAACCUCUGCAGUCUCAAACUGCUGCAGCUCUUGUGGGUUCUCAACCUUCUGCCCACCGGUCUUCUUGGAUUGCUUCCACAUGAUCUUUGUCAUCUUGCAGGCAACCUUGGCAGUGCGGGAAAAGACAAUAGGAGUGUAGCCAGGCUUGAGGAUGCCAGGAUGCUCCUGCACAGCAACUGUCGCAGUAAAGGACUUCACAGGAUUGAGGGUUCCCUCUUUCUCCAGAUAAAUGAUGUCACCAGGAGAUACUUUCUCAUCCUUGCCAAUGCCCUUGAUGGACAUUCCCACAGAGUCGCCUGGACCAGCAGCAUCAAUGGUCUUCUUGUGUUGCUCAAUGGAAAACACCUUCUUUCCAGUGAGGCUAGCAGGAGCAACACCAACAACAUCUCCAGGGUGAAGAGUACCUUGUUCAACAGUUCCUGCAAUGAUCUGACCUAUACCCUUGAUGUUGUAAACAUUGGAGAUGGGAAGACGAAGGGGUGCAUUGGGCAACCUCUUGGGGGGUUGGAUGAACUUGUCCAGGGCAUCCAGAAUGGUGUAGCCUUGGACAGUGACUUUUGGACUCAAGUUGGCCUUCCAUCCCUUGUACCAUGGAGCCUUGUCAGACUUUGCCACCAGGUUGUCACCAUUGUAUCCAGAAUAUGGGAUGAAUGGGACCUUCUUUGGCUUGAAACCAAUCAACUGGAGCAUCUUGACAAACUCUGCCUUGAUUUCCUCAAAUCGUUCCUCAGACCAACCACAAGAAUCCAUCUUGUUGACUCCAACAAUGAUCUGCUCAACACCCAAGAGAUACAAGAGGCGGGCAUGUUGUCGGGUCUGACCUUCUUCUACACCCAUCUUGGGAUCAGCCUUGGCGAUAGCAGCCUCGAAGCCACCCUUCUCUGCUGGCACCAGAAGGAGGCCAACAUCAGCAGAAGAGGAACCUGUAAUCAUGUUCUUGAUGUAGUCCUUGUGGCCUGGAGCAUCCACUAUUGUGUAGUGGUACUUGUCGGUGUAAAAGUCCUUGGUGGUGGAUUGGAUGGUGACUCCACGUUCACGCUCUUCCUUGCCUUGGUCCAUGUAGUAUGCGAAUCCAAAGGAAGCUUUUCCCUUCUCGGUUGCCUCUUGCUGCAACUUUGCCAUCUCCCUUUCGGAUAUGCCACCCUGUUUGUAGAUGAGGUGUGAAACUGUGGUGGACUUUCCAGCAUCCACGUGGCCAGUGACAACCAAGGAAAUGUGCUCUUUGUUGUUGUUAGUGGAGGAAGUAUCAGUGGACAUGAUGGUUGACUUGAUCUUUAGUGACUUUUGCUGUUCUUGUUGUGUGAUAGUGUGGUGUUUGUGUCUGCCUCUAUAACAGACCUGUUCUCUUGCUUGUUGCUUUCUCUUUAGUUUUUGUUUUCUUGAAAUCAA